AAACAAAUCAUACUUCACAUACACAACAUGAGUGACCAGGACAUUACUUACUCAACUGUGAGAUUUCGUAAGUCUUCAGGGUUGCAUAACCGAGUGAGGCCUGAUGAGACUCAAGGGCCCAGAGCAGCUGGCCACAGAGAGCGCUCAGUAUCCUGGAAGCUCAUGGUGAUGGUUCUUGGAGUCUUUUGUUUCCUUCUGCUGCUAACUGUUGCAGUGUUGCUGACACAGAUUUUUCAGUUUAGACAAGAAAAGGAUGAACUGCAGAAAAAUAUUAACAACCUUACUCAAAUGUGCAGCACUCUGCAAAAUGAAAGCUACUUAAAUAAUGAAAUAUUGAGAAAUAAUUCUCCAGAGUAUGAUGCCUCGAAACAACAGAAGGAACGAGACUCCAUCCACAGAGAACAGAACAGAUGCUUCAGGGAAACCAAGAUGGCUUUAGAGUGCUCUCAGCCCACAGGUAAAUAUGUUAAAGGACAUUGGUUUUGCUGUGGUAUAAAAUGUUAUUUCACCAUGGACAAUACACUGAGUGGAUGUAAAGAGACCCCCCAGGAUUGUGGCUUAGCCUUUUUGCAUAUAGAUGAUGAUGAUGAACAGACGUUCCUUCAGCCCAAGCCCUCUAAAAAUCAUUACUGGAUUGGAUUAUCCAACAUCAAAGGGGGAUGGACAUGGACUGGCCAUGGCCCAUCUAAACUUGUCAAAGGAAGCAAACAAUGUGUAGGAAGCACAAAGAAGUGCACGCUGUGCCUGUUUGGCCACCAAGGUAAGGAUGACACCCUCUCACUAGAUCUUAGGAAUGAAAAAGAUCUCAGCACCAUUAACAAUUCCCUGGCCACUGUGACACCAAUCCCUCGAAUCAGAGGGCAUGGCAAGGCACUCCACCAGGGGGAAGUGAUCAAAAACCAGGCGGCAGAGUUCAUGGCAGGGAUAACGCCUGCUCCCUUACUAGAAGAUUCCUAUGGAGACUGA